UCUCCGCCAAAAUUGGCAACGCCAAGCAGUCUUUCUUGUCUCUCUCUCUCUCUCUCACCAACUUCUCUCUCUCUCUCUCUCUCUCUCUCUCUCUCUCUCUAGUUUUCCUCAUCAGUCGGCGAUCUCUUCUAUAAGAGAGCCCAUAGAUCUCUUCGACAUGAUCUCAUUUGACCCAUUUCUUUCCCUCCCCACCAUCUCUUAGAGAUUCUCUCAAUACCCUUUUCCUCUCUUCGAUCUUCUCGCUUUCUGGCUUAUAAAAGAUUUCAGAAUGGCUGCUACAACAAUGCACAGUGCCAUCGGGUCUGUGCAGGCCCACAGAGCUCAAAUAAGCUCAAGCUCUCAAAAUGGAAUGGGAAGUUUUUCUGUCAAGAUGGUUUCUAAGUGUUUUGGGAUUGAUAUGAGACUUCUCGGAAGGGGUAAUUACUGUUCAAGAGGCUUGAAGUUGGGUGGUGUUCAUGCUUCAACAUCCUCGAUAGCUGAUUCAGUCCAAGCACCAUCAAACAGCAAAACUACUGAUUCACAGAAGAAAUCAAAUGAAACUGCUCUUAUAUUGAUUCGCCAUGGUGAGUCCUUGUGGAAUGAGAAGAAUCUGUUUACUGGUUGUGUUGAUGUUCCUUUGACCAAAAAGGGUGUCGAGGAGGCGAUUGAAGCUGGUAAAAGAAUAAGCAAUAUUCCAGUUGAUAUGAUUUAUACAUCUGCUUUGAUUCGCGCCCAAAUGACCGCUAUGCUUGCCAUGACCCAGCAUCGCCGCAAGAAGGUUCCAAUUAUCAUGCACAACGAGAGUGAACAGGCUAAGACUUGGAGCCAAAUGUAUAGUGAGGAGACUCAGAACCAGUCAAUACCAGUAGUUACCGCUUGGCAAUUAAACGAAAGAAUGUAUGGUGAAUUACAGGGCCUCAAUAAGCAGGAAACUGCUGAUAAAUUCGGCAAGGAGAAAGUUCACGAGUGGCGCCGCAGUUAUGAUAUUCCUCCUCCGAAUGGCGAGAGUUUAGAAAUGUGUGCUGAAAGGGCUGUCGCUUAUUUCAAAGAACAUAUUGAACCUCAGCUUGUGAAUGGGAAACAUGUUAUGAUUGCUGCACAUGGGAACUCAUUGAGGUCUAUUAUUAUGUACCUCGACAAGUUGACUUCCCAGGAGGUUAUCAGCUUGGAGUUGUCGACUGGAAUUCCUAUGCUCUAUAUUUUCAAAGAAGGAAAGUUCAUCCGAAGAGGGAGCCCAGUUGCACCUUCUGAGGCCAGUGUUUAUGCUUAUACUAGGACCUUGGCUCAGUACAGACAGAAGCUAGAUGAGAUGGUAAACUGAAUCUCAGACAACAGGUAUUCGAAAGAUUCACAAUUGUUGAAGAAGCUUUACAUGGUUUUGUAGCUUUAGCGUGUACUAUAAGAAAAAGGAAAAGUGGUUCAAUGUCGUAGAGUUGCAAUCUACCUAUUUAAUGUAGAUGUGCUUUUUGUAUUCAUUUACUUCAUGCGUGCUCCCUAAAAUGUGUCGAAAUGGAAGUGAGAAUGUGAUUUUGUUAGAAGGAAUUUUAAAUAGCAACUGUAGCUUACAACCAGUUCCGUGUGAUAUACUGCUUGCAAACUGUUGUGUUUUCUCAUGGAGAGAAUGUGAUGUUUUAUUAGGUGAAACUUUUUUCUGUAUCCA